AUGUUAACGAUAACGCGUGAACGCCUCUUCCCUCGUUCUUCAGGGACCACAGAGGGUCCUGCAAAUCUCCGGGUGAUUGGAGUUCACUCUGGACCAUGUGUUCUUGAUGUCGGCACCGAGACUUCACCCAGAUUUCUUUUGGUUCGAGAAAUUAUUUGCCGUCUGCAAAAUCAGCGCUGUAUUUUCUCAGAGAUCUUAUUACACGAUCACCAGCAUAAUAAGAGCGCUACCCUUUUAUCCUCUCUUCCUUCCACGAGCCGCAUACUUUCAGCAGCUAUUUCUCCCAAUGGGCAUCUUCUUGCCAUUUCAACUGUUACUCGUGAUUGGGGUGCACGAUAUCAGUAUACCAUAACGGUCACUAACCUUAAACAGCAAGGACUCACCGCCUCCAUUCGCCUUCGGAGUCCUGCUGACGUAUGCUUUCCGGGAGACUCUUCAUAUCUUUUGCUAUUGACGUAUAUUCCUGUCCUUACCAAGCUGUUCAUUAAGCGCACCCGCUUGCAAACUCAGCAACUUAUCAUUCGGCCGGUGGCUGAUUCACUCCACAUCUUUGGGGAGGCUCUGCAUGUUCAAGGUUCUCCACCCUAUGUGCUUAUUAUUGAACUACCUACUGCUGCAAAUAAGUACAUAGACGUAAACGGCAUGAGACACAUGUACGCUCGGUUGCUGGGACAACUCGAUGCCCGAGGGUCUACCCAACUGCUGGUCCUUCGGCUCUAUCGCUGGUACAAUAAUCAAUUGAACGAGAUCAGGCGCCUUCCCGUCACCAUUCCAGCACGCUACAAGGUGCACCCGUUCCCUAGCAGAGGGUCCAUACAGUGCAAGAGUGUCUUGAUAGAUCUGGUGACUACCCCACAGCCUAUAGCGAUCUUUUCGUGCCACUCUCUAGGCUGUACCAUGAUUAAGAUAUGCGCGUGCCUCACUGCAUCUAUAUUCACAUUUUCUCUUGCUACUCCGUUACAAAAGGUGACGGAAGAUGCACCUAGGACAGCGUUUCAAGCUAAUGCUCCACAUGAAAAGACUUUACCAGCAGAACGCGACUCUACUUAUCUCUUUAACUACGAGUAUGUCACUGCUACCUUACAUAAGUUUAUCCUUCUAGUGCACGCCAACUAUCUACUCUUCAUCCAGCCCUUCUCUCUAAGCACAGCACAACUUGUUAUUGUCGCAUUACCAUCUUAUGGAUCCAUGUACAUUGCCUACUCUGCACUGUUACCAUUUCAGGUCUGUAAUUUUCAAGCCUACUAUGCACUAAAGCAGUUUUCGAAGCUCCCUCCGGUAUCCAGCUACAUUUCUAAAUACCAGUCGCAGGCACAGUAUCUUCUUCACUACAUGGCCUUGUCAUUAGUUGACCUAAGCAAGGAGCAAAUACUAACAGAUAUGCAUGCGGCUCGAACGACGAUAGAUCGUAUGUUGGAAUAUGUUAUAUCUCCUAUGAGUGGGUCUGGAGGCUACGCAGAUACUCCCUUUGGCUUUAUUUCAUAUGCUGAAUUGGCUAGCGUAUAUAUGCAUACACGUGUUAGACAAAUAGCAGGCCUACCUGAAGCCCCAAAGUUAGAUGUUGAGGCCCUUUGCGGGUGGACCGGUCUUAAUAAGGAAAACUACCCGGACGUGGGUAUGGAUUCAUUGCACCCUACUUCACUUCUUUCGUCACUUAUAACGCUAGCUUUGAACGACCCGAAAUCUGGGGCAAGCACACUUGCAAGAACUACUUCAAAGGCCACAGAUAGCACCCCGUCUCCCCAUACUCACCAGGAUGUAUCCGCUACCAACCUUAGCACCUCUCGGCGUCUUGCCAAUCCUGCACGCAUUCCCAGUGCUAUGCACACUUGCCAGACUGACUACACAGACGAACCCCGUAGUCCUGGUGAGCCGAGCAUUCCUCCUAUUGUCGUUGCGCCGCCAACACUUACCGAUCUCAAUGCACUGCACUCGGAAGUGCACAGUGUCAAUGAUUCUCCUGAUAAUUUCCUAACAAGUACCGUUACCACCAGCGUGGCAGAUACAACAGCCUUUGAUGAACUAGACGAGCAGCCACCUCAGAAACGCUCAGGACCUAGGCACAAAGAAUUAUCUAUCGACACCCUCGUCUCACAGCGGAAGGUCUUGCUUUCACAAUUCCAGAGAAAAAGGAAGAAACAGAAGCAAGCAGCGGAUCUUGAUAGUAGUGUGACUUCUGUGGUAAGCAAAAAGUCAAUGUCUUCUAAACUCACAUCUCAGUUUACUCCCAUGAUUGAAGCAAAGGACCUGGAGCAAAAGUCUUUAGAAAGUGACUGUGCUAGUCUCUCUCUUGAGCUAACUUAUUUGAGCCGCCCGAUAAGUGGAUCUAUUAACUUUCCAAUGCAGUCCACUAUAGAUCUUACCGGUCUUCUUAAGUGCAUCCCACAGCCGAGCUAUACGUUUUACCUUAAAGACAUCGACGAAAUUUGCCACCUGUCCAGAUCUUGGCGAUACUCCGUCAUUCCUUCAUAUUGUUCCAGUGCUGAGGGAUGGUCUACUAAGGUAACGUUUGCGGCUUUUGACAUGCUACUUCAACGACAACUUGACUUAACGGUUGAUUUAUCUCAGCUGGCCAUCAAUCUGUGCCACCCUCGCCCUAAAGACAUGUGUGCAUGUCUAUAUGAGGCCAGACUCCUGCGCCUCAACCACAAGCUUGUACUUCUGUACCAUCGGUAUACACGUCUACUACACAUCAAUCUACUUACAAUCGCGUCAGAUAUCAACACACCUUCGUUCUCCGACUCUUCACAACUCCACAGCAUACAUGUGGAGUGGUGGAAGCGAUUGCUGAGCAAGCUAAGGACACACUGCAUGCUCGAAUACUCUACUCUUGUUGGUUGUUUAUUAGAAAAGGUUUCCAUUUCUUUGAAAACAAGCAAUCCUAGUGAUUCAAAUGCAAUUCAAUUCUCCCUUUUGGCCCUCAAAGGAAUCCUAUUAAACACUCAGAAAGCAAACACUAGCUAUCCAUGUUCUUUAGCAAUCAAUCUCUACUCUAAUCCACUUCAUGUUUUUCUUCACUCUGUCACUCAGGACAAAAUACUGACUAGCUCCCCCUGGUCUAAGUGUACAACUAUGUAUGCAGCACACUCCUAUCUUCACAUAAGCAAUACGCUAGAGCAUCCUUCAUCUGCUACUCAAUUAUGCACAAGUAAAACAGACGCCACGAACUCGUUGGAACAAUUUGGGAUACCUCAGCAGAACAUUCCCAUCUAUGAUCAGUCGGUAGAGAAGAAUAUCAAAUUCGGGGCUGGAAGAGCCAUAGAACUUUACAAAUAUAUGAGCACGGACUCCAUUUGUCCAACAUAUACUAACAACUAUGCCCAAGAGUGCCUUGUGGAGCUAAAUACAUAUGUCUCCGACAUCACUGCGCUUACCACAGUAGCUCCAUGCCUAUCUGCUUUCUCUGGACUUAUCACGCAGCGUUUAGACGGCCAGCCAUCUGUUGAAGAUGAGAUAGAGGCGUCCAUAGACACCCCCAUUCUUCAUGCAUCAGCUGACUUGAUUACAAACUAUAGCUGUAAUGACUGUAGGCACGUCUGGCGUGAUUCAGCCAUUUACAAGGCGUUUGUGGCAAUUGUAGAACGUUUCUACCCUAACAUUGCCGACCCCUUCUUUAUCCAAGUAUACGCAGAUGUCAUCUCCAUGUGCGAAGCAUGCCUUGGGAUUGAUACUAAUUUUUCAAUAGAAGAGCUUAAUGUAAUUAUAUCUAUCUGUGAGUCCUUAAACCUAAACCUCAUGGGUCACAGAUCAACAAGCCGUGUGCUCAACCGAGCGCUUUCACUGCUCUAUGGCAAAUUUUCAGACCCUAUGUUGCAGGAGAUGAUGGGGAAAUAUUUAUGA